AUGGAGGAGGCGCUGAAGCGAGCGCUCGGCACUGAGGUGCUGCGGCCGACCGGGCACACGGGGGGUGGCUGCAUCAGCCAGGGCCAGAGCUAUGACACGGACCGCGGCCGGGUGUUCGUGAAGAGCAACUCUCGGUCGGAGGCCAAAAGAAUGUUUCUGGGAGAAAUGGCAAGUCUGGAAACCAUCUUGAAAACACAGACAGUUAGAGUGCCUAAACCCAUCCAAGUUAUAGACCUGCCUGGGGACAAUACUGUGCUAAUGACAGAACAUUUUGAAAUUAAGAGUUUAAACAGACAUUCAGCACUGCUCGGAAGUCAGCUGGCUGAUCUUCACCUUCAUAACCAGAAACUUGGAGAGAAGCUGAAGAAAGAAGGGAGCACAGUUGGUAAAGGACAAGGGCAAGUGGAAGUCCAGUUUGUGGAUCAGUUUGGCUUUCAUACAGUUACCUACUGUGGUUAUUUUCCUCAGGUGAACGACUGGCAGAGUGACUGGGUGAGUUUCUUCACCAGACAAAGGAUCCAACCCCAGAUGGACAUGGUUGAAAAGAGAUCAGGUGACAGGGAAGCAAGAGAACUUUGGGCACAGCUUCAGCUGAAGAUACCCAGUUUGUUCUGUGAUGUGGAAAUCGUUCCUGCUCUCCUGCAUGGGGAUCUCUGGGGAGGAAAUGUAGCUGAGGAUGAUUCUGGUCCAAUUAUCUUUGAUCCAGCUUCUUUCUAUGGCCAUUCAGAGUAUGAGCUUGCAAUAGCUGGGAUGUUUGGUGGCUUCAGUAGUUUUUUUAAUUCUGCUUAUCACAGUAAAAUUCCCAAAGCUGCAGGGUUUGAAAAACGCCUGAAGCUUUAUCAGCUGUUCCACUACAUGAACCACUGGAACCAUUUUGGUUCAGGGUACAGAGAGUGUUGUAUUAACAUUAUGAAAAACCUUCUAAAGUAA